CGACGAACCUUCUGGGCUAUACGAGGGACGAAGCCUUCAUCUCGUGGUCAGUGGCCUUUGUGUUUGGCUAAUCAAGUACACAGUCCUUCGGCCCCUUCACAACCCGGUGUGAUUUCCUAUUAUUUGCUGCCCUACAAACCAAGCCAGCAGACUAUUCGUGUUCUUAAAGCGUCCAAGUAUUCAGCGAACUGCACCCCCACCAUGGCCAAGCUUGUUCGGCAAUCCCAAUGGGAUGCCCAAGUUGCUCAAAGUAUACACCACGACAAGAUCCUCGUUCAGAAUCUGGAAGUCGUCGUCAACGCUGGCAAGGACGUAUGGGGCCGUCCGAAGAAGCAACGAGCGUUGGUCAGUGUCACGUUGAUUUUGGGCAAGCAAUUCACAUCCGCAUCCUCGACAGACUCAGUCGACGAUAGCACCGUGCACUAUGGAACGCUUAGCAAGGCCAUCCAAGCACACUUUCAAGACGACAAGCUGGCCUGGCUGUCCACUGCUGCGCUCUCGGACACGGUAUUGCAGUGCGUGCGAGGCGUGACGGGCUCGACAGCCAUAUAUGCCAUCGAAACGAAUGUCUGCUACUUGAAAGGGAGCAUGUUUGGAGACGGGGCUGGCCACAUCACCUCGACGAUUGGUGAUUCAAACGUGCGCUCAAAUGUGCUAUAUCUGCGCAACGUCCGCAUCCCGUGCAUAAUCGGCGUCAAUUCUAACGAAAGGCUACAAAAGCAGCCGGUGGUUCUCAAUGUUUGGGUUGAUAAAGUAUCCGACGCUCGAGCCGAUGACUAUGCAGCAUUGGAGGCCCUCUUGUUCAACCUCAUCUCCGAGUCUUCGUAUCAGACAAUCGAGAGCCUGCUAGCAUGGCUCAUAGAAGAGCUCAAGCAGAAGUUCUUCACAAGAGAGGAGGACCAAGAUGCAUGGAUCAGGCUCAGAAUCGAAAAGCCGCUGGCGGUGCCUUUCGCCGAUGCACCUGCCGUCGAGAUAACGCGCCCAGUACGGUCGAGCCAGGACUGAUCAUCAGGAUCAGCCUUUCCCUGAGUUCUGAGUUGGCAAGCAUAGAAUCUUCAUGGUGGAUGUGUAUUAUGUAUUAUGCGACCCCACGUGGUCCAAGCGACAUGCCCGCGGGCGUGGGAGGCAAUGAACGCCACACCUCGCAACCGCAUUCCCCCGACAAACAGGCCGCCAUCUUCAGGGUUCAGCUGCGGCAUCGACUCCGAUUUAUUUUCUCUGCUCUCCACAUGCAGUUCAGCGUCGAGUGGCACGCUUGCCACACUCCAGCUUUUGGCCUGGGGUAGUAGUGGUUGGGCGAAUGGCGGGCAUGUGGUUGAGCACGCUAUGUCAUGCUACAUGUUUAGUGCGGCGGCCAGAACGAGGGGCGCUCGAGAGAAAUUCCUGGUCAUAGCUCCCACAUGAAAAUUGUUUCCCC